AUGUCCGAAGCACCUAAUCCUCCUGUUCAAGGCCGCCUUAUUAGCCAUUUUGCCGACCGGAGAGCGGAGGACCAAGGCUCAGGCUGGUCCGCACUCUGGGACUCCAACGAGAGCGUUCUUUGGGAUAGAGGGAGUCCUUCAAUUGCACUAGUCGAUGUAGUAGAGCAGCAGCAGGAUGUCUUCUUUCCAUAUACUCGCGAUGGACGAAGGAAGAAAGCUCUCGUUCCGGGCUGUGGACGAGGCUAUGAUCCCGUCAUGUUAGCUCUGCAUGGCUUUGAUGUCUACGGUCUCGAUAUAUCCGCCACUGGUGUUUCAGAGGCAACAAAGUACGCCACCUCUGAAAUGCAGAGUCCACAAGAUGUAAAAUUUAUUGCGGGUGACUUUUUCAGCUCCGAGUGGGAGAGUCAAGCUCUACAGGAUGGUGACAAGUUCGAUUUGAUCUAUGACUAUACGUUCCUCUGUGCCCUCCACCCGGACCUCCGUCGAAAAUGGGCUGAGCGGAUGAGCCAGCUCCUCCAUCCCGGAGGCUUGCUCGUCUGUCUUGAGUUCCCCAUGUACAAGGACACCUCCUUACCAGGCCCACCGUGGGGACUGAAUGGCGUCCACUGGGAUCUGCUCGCGCGCGGCGGGGACGGGAUCACUAACAUUACUAAAGAGGAAGAAGACGAAGAUUCUGGAAUUCAGCUGUCAGGGCAGUUUCGGCGAGCACAAUACUUUAGGCCUAUACGGUCGUAUCCAAGCGGCAAAGGCACGGAUAUGCUGAGUAUUUAUGUGAGAAGGUGA